ACAUCACACCGACGACUCGCCUCCCUUGCCUUCUGAAGCCUUGGGAGCAAACCCGCUCUCGUAGGACAGCUGACGUCGAGCAAACCUCAUGAUUCUACGACCUGCAAAUGGAACCAUCGUUCCAUGCAGGUCGUCUUGCCAUGCAGAUCGAGGAAUCAUGUGGUUUGGACACGUCACAGAUAGGAUUGCUUCCAUCUCAAUCAAGGCGCACGAGCUGGACAGAUGCCAGUGUUUGUGUCUACACGGAUGUGCUCUCUGUUUGUAUAGCUAUAGAGCAGGCAACAUACCUCACCAGCGUCUGCAAUUCGUCUUCCGUCGAUCGCCUGUUCUUCAACAGCGUCUGGAAGUGGUCUUCCGGCUUGCUCCAGUAUUUCACCGGCGUUAUCGCUCUAUCACCCGUGAGCCAUUCGCGAUUCACCAGUGUCCACCCGUCUUCACCAGCGAUUUUCCCGUAGGGUUGCAAAGGCGAGCUAUAAGAGACUGGCUGCUUGUAGUCUGGCAGAGCCUUGGCCACGGUAGUGGCCUGCAGCUGCGAAUUGAAUGCGACCACAUGUGCACCUCCGCGUGGUAAUGUUGCCCUCCUGAAACAA